AAGUAAUACACUACAGCGGCCAACACAUGGGGCUUCUGAGAGUUAGGCUAAGCACUAGUUAUAACGUCAGUUGUCAUCUGUGGAACAUAACGAGAUCGACUUGUGAGAUCCAAAUUCAGCCAUGGUUUCAAUUGACCAUGUAUCUCACAAGUUACUGACGUACAUCCCAUAUGUUCUUGUUUUGAUUGAUAUGCGAUAUGAAGGAGUAAAAUGUGGAAAAGAUGGAAGUGUGGACAAUCACAUGGAAAUGGGAAAGAAACUGCUCGCUGCUGGCCAGCUAGCUGAUGCUCUGUCUCAUUUCCAUGCUGCUGUUGAUGGAGAUCCGAAGAACUACAUGGCAUACUACAGGAGAGCUGCGGUGUUUCUAGCAAUGGGGAAGUCUAAAUCUGCACUGCCAGAUUUAAGCAGAGUUAUUGAACUCAAGCCAGACUUCACAUCUGCAUGGCUGCAGAGGGGACACCUUCUUCUGAAGUGGGGAAAGCUGGAUGAAGCGGAGAGUGACUUCAAAAAGGUGCUCAAGUCCAACCCAAGUGACAAAGAAGAAAAAGAAGCCCAAAGUCAGCUGGCAAAGUCAGAUGAAAUUCAGCGGCUUGUGGCUCAGUCACGCAGAAGCUUCAGCAGCAAGGAUUAUAUGACAGCUGUUGCUCAGCUUGAUGCUAUCAUUGAGACCUGCAUUUGGGAUGCAAACUCCCGUGAGAUGCGAGCAGAGUCUUAUAUUCAAAUGGGAGAGAUGGGGAAGGCCAUCAGUGACCUGAAAGCUGCAUCCAAGUUAAAAAAUGACAACACACAGGCUUUUUAUAAGCUCAGCAACAUCUACUAUAAUCUUGGAGACCAUGAGAUGUCCCUCAAUGAGGUGCGUGAAUGCCUGAAGCUGGAUCCCGACCACAAGCAGUGUUACAGCCAUUACAAGCAAGUCAAGAAGCUCAAUAAACAGAUCCAGUCUGCAGAAGAGCUCAUUCAAGAGCAGAGGUAUGAAGACGCAGUCAGCAAGUACGAGGCAGUGAUGAAGACUGAACCCAACGUGCCACAUUUUUCACUUCUCGCCAAGGAGCGAAUCUGCCAUGCAUUAGUACACGACCAGCAGGGCAGCAGAGCUAUCUCAGUGUGCAGCGAAGUCCUCCAGUCGGACCCUGAAAACGUUAAUGCGCUGAAGAAUAGAGCUGAAGCUUAUGUCCAAGAUGAACAGUAUGAAGAAGCCAUUAAAGACUAUGAGAAUGCUGCAAAACACAGCGAGAAUGACCGUCAGAUUAAAGAAGGCCUGGAAAGAGCGCAGCGACUUCUCAAACAGACUAAGAAGAGGGAUUAUUAUAAGAUCCUGGGAGUGAAGAGAACUGCCCAGAAAAAGGAGAUUAUCAGAGCCUACAGGAAACUGGCACAACAGUGGCACCCAGACAACUUUCAGGAUCCAGAAGAGAAGAAGAAGGCAGAGAAGAAGUUUAUAGACAUCGCUCAGGCUAAAGAGGUUCUCACUGAUCCAGAGAUGAGAACCAAGUUCGAUCACGGAGAAGACCCCAUGGAUCCAGAGAGCCAGCAGAGUCACCAUCAUCACUUCCAUGGAGGUUUUCAUGGUUUCCAGGGAUUUAAUCCAUUUGGUUCUGGGCCAUUUAAUUUCAAAUUUAAUUUCAACUGAAAAGGCUUUUUAUCCAGCACAUCUGGAGUAGAUUUUUCUACUUUCCUCUCUAUUUAAAAGGGAGAUCACUGGCAUAAAAAAACCCUCACUUUGUGUCAAAAAAGGGUAGAGCAAAUGGUGACUUUGACUUCAGUUAAAUAUGCAUUUUAAUGCAGAAUAAUGCAGCUUUGAAUUCCAACUGGGGAAGGUCUGUUGCUAUGCUAACAAGUCUGCCUUGUGUGAAGCUAUUCAUCAACAGUAAGCAGUCAGUUCAGACACAUCGUUUCCACUCUACAAAUCAUAUCCAUUCCCAAGAUUCAAUUUGUUUGAGUACAUAUUUUUAUAUGGAACUUUUUCUGAAUUGUAAAUAAAGACCUAUUUAUGUA